AUGAAUAAGACCGGGCGAAGGUCUAAUGAAGACACCUUAUUUGACAUUGAUUUUUUGAAUGACGAAUUUACGCCCACUUUUGAUGGUCAUGGUGGUACCAACGGUAAUAACACCAAUCCGUUCGAAUCUCAAAUUGUAGAUUCGGAUUUCGACUUGUUGAACAAUCUGCGACACGGUGCUGUGCCACAAGAAACCGUGAAUCUAAAUCGUGAAUCCACCGAACUGAGGCAUGGAGAUAAUAUCGAAAACGAUGUAGUAGAAAAUCCAUUCGUUGAUGAAACGUACAGUCAAUCGCUUCGAAACCAACGAAGCGUGAAAUUGUCCGCAAAAAAUAGUUCUCGUUUUGGAAGAGCGUUCCGCAGACUGAAAAGUGGUCUCAGUUUCGGUAAAAAUGGGUCCAACGAAUAUCAGGGUUUUGAAAUGCACAACUAUGACGACUUGGGUCAAGAAGACAGAUAUGCGCGGUCGAGAAAUAGGUUCAACAUCAAGAUUCUUUUUAAUCGGUACAUUCUUAGGCGACCUGAAGAAGGUGCCGAGGCUGGUGCCCCGCGAAUCAUAUAUCUCAACAACCGCGAAGCGAAUAUUGCACACGGUUUCAACGACAAUCACAUAUCCACUACAAAGUACAACCUAGCGACAUUUCUACCCAAGUUUUUGUUUCAGGAGUUUUCCAAAUAUGCAAACCUUUUCUUCCUAUUCACGUCGGCAAUACAACAAGUCCCUAAUGUGACACCCACCAAUCGUUACACUACUAUUGGUACAUUAUUAAUUGUCCUGAUUGUGUCAGCAGUCAAGGAAAGUGUUGAAGAUUUGAAGCGUGCCGCUUCAGACAGAGAAUUGAAUGACUCGGGAGCACUGGUAUACUCAGAACAACUACACGACUUUACUACGAGCAAGUGGGUAAACAUUUCCGUUGGUGAUAUUAUAAAGAUUAAGUCUGAAGAAGCUAUACCCGCAGACAUUAUACUGAUAUCCUCUUCGGAACCCGAGGGCCUUUGCUAUAUUGAAACCGCAAACCUAGACGGGGAAACUAACCUCAAAAUAAAGCAGGCCCGGGUUGAAACAUCGAAAAACAUUGAGGCUGCUCAGCUUGCUACCAUAACUGGUAAAGUUGUCUCCGAGCAGCCCAACUCAAGCUUGUACACUUACGAAGGAACUCUGAAUUUAAAAGGGAAAGACAUUCCUUUAACUCCAGAACAAUUGAUUCUAAGAGGAGCCACAUUAAGAAACACGGCUUGGGUUUACGGCUUGGUGGUUUUCACUGGCCAUGAAACCAAACUCAUGCGCAAUGCCACGGCCACCCCGAUCAAAAGAACUGCUGUGGAACGAGUGAUAAAUAUGCAAAUCCUUGCAUUAUUCGGUGUAUUGAUUGUUUUGGCCUUGAUUUCUUCGAUAGGUAAUGUUAUCAAAGUCACCAGCGAUGCUAAACAUUUGACUUAUCUAUACUUAGAGGGUACGAACAAAGUGGGACUGUUUUUCAAAGACAUCCUCACUUACUGGAUCUUAUUCUCAAACCUGGUUCCAAUUUCCUUGUUCGUGACUGUUGAAAUGAUCAAAUACUACCAAGCAUACAUGAUCAGUUCCGAUCUUGACCUUUAUGAUGAAAAAACGGAUACACCUACCGUUGUGCGUACUUCCUCAUUGGUCGAAGAGCUCGGUCAAAUUGAGUACAUCUUCAGUGACAAAACUGGUACACUUACUAGAAACGUCAUGGAGUUCAAGUCUUGUUCCAUUGCCGGGAAGUGCUACAUUGAAACUAUACCAGAGGAGAGUGGUGCAAGAUUAGAGGACGGCAUUGAGGUUGGUUUUAGAAAAUUUGAAGAUAUGACCACGACACUUGGAGAGGUCGAUGAUCCUGAAUCCCACGUCAUAAACAGCUUUUUGACCUUACUUGCAACUUGUCACACGGUUAUACCUGAAUUUCAAGAUGACGGUUCUAUUAAGUAUCAGGCCGCUUCGCCUGAUGAGGGUGCUUUAGUGGAGGGAGCCGCCAUGCUUGGGUAUAAGUUCAUUAUUCGUAAGCCAAACAGUGUUACCAUUGUGAUCGAAAGUACGGGAACAGAGCAAGUGUAUGAACUUUUAGACAUCUGCGAGUUCAAUUCUACCAGAAAACGUAUGAGUGGUAUAUUCAGAAUGCCUGACGGCCAGAUCAAAUUGUUUUGCAAAGGAGCAGACACAGUUAUCUUGGAACGACUAAGGGCAAAUGACAACCCAUACGUAGAAGCUACGGUCCGUCACCUAGAAGAUUAUGCGGCACAAGGUUUGCGAACACUGUGCCUUGCGAUGCGAACUGUAUCUGAGUCCGAAUAUGCGAAUUGGAAGACAUUGUAUAAUGAGGCUUCCACCACACUUGAUGAUAGAGCUGCUAAAAUGGAUGAAACAGCAGAGUUGAUUGAAAAAGAUUUGUUCCUCAUAGGGGCUACUGCGAUUGAAGACAAGCUGCAAGAUGGUGUUCCUGAGACUAUACACACGUUGCAAGAUGCAGGCAUCAAGAUCUGGGUUUUAACUGGGGAUAGACAAGAGACGGCCAUUAAUAUUGGUAUGAGCUGUCGAUUGCUGAGUGAAGAUAUGAAUCUUUUGAUAGUCAAUGAGGAUACGAAGGAGGCCACCAGAAGGAACCUCUUGGAGAAAUUGAAGGCCAUAGGCGAUCAUCAGAUCUCUCAACAAGAAAUUAACAGUCUGGCGUUGGUCAUUGACGGUAAGUCUCUGGGCUUUGCUUUAGAAAGCGACCUUGAAGAGUACUUGCUCGCUGUGGGUAAGAUUUGUAAAGCGGUUAUCUGCUGCCGGGUCUCUCCACUUCAAAAGGCACUCGUGGUAAAAAUGGUGAAGCGCAGAACCAAUUCACUUUUGCUAGCCAUCGGUGACGGUGCGAAUGAUGUCAGUAUGAUCCAAGCUGCUCACAUUGGAGUUGGUAUAAGUGGUAUGGAAGGUAUGCAGGCCGCCCGUUCUGCCGACUUCGCAAUUGGACAGUUCAAGUUCGUGAAAAAGCUCUUGCUAGUGCACGGAUCUUGGUCUUAUCAACGAAUAUCACAAGCCAUCCUUUAUUCAUUUUACAAAAAUAUCGCACUUUACAUGACCCAAUUCUGGUAUGUUUUUGCUAACGCCUACUCAGGCCAGUCAAUCAUGGAAUCCUGGACAAUGACCUUCUACAAUGUGUUUUUUACAGUAUUGCCGCCUUUCGUGAUGGGAGUUUUCGAUCAAUUUGUCAGUAGCCGUCUCUUGGAUCGUUAUCCACAACUAUACAAACUGGGACAAAAAGGUCAAUUUUUCUCAGUGACAAUAUUCUGGGGAUGGGUCGCCAAUGGUUUCUACCACUCAGCUGUGACCUUUUUGGGAUCGUACUUGAUUUAUGGACCUGGCAACGUUUUGAACUCUCAUGGAGAAACCGCAGAUCAUUGGACAUGGGGCGUCGCCAUUUAUACAUGCAGCAUCAUCAUCGUUAUUGGUAAAGCCGCGCUUGUCACUAACCAGUGGACGAAGUUCACAGCGUUUGCAAUUCCAGGUUCCUUAGCUUUUUGGCUGGUUUUCUUCCCCAUCUACGCCAGCAUAUUUCCGCAUGCAAACGUAUCGCGGGAAUACUAUGGCAUCGUGCCACACGUCUAUGGAUCGGGAACCUUCUGGCUGAUGUGUAUUGUUCUGCCGUUUUUUGCACUACUCAGAGACUUUGUCUGGAAAUACUACAAACGAACAUAUACCCCAGAAAGUUAUCACGUCGUCCAAGAAAUGCAGAAAUACAACAUUGGAGACUACAGACCCCGCAUCGAGCACUUCCAGAAAGCUAUACGGAGGGUUAGGCAAGUUCAGAGAAUGAAAAAGCAGCGAGGGUUUGCAUUUUCUCAAAGCGAAUUUGGUGGCCAGGAUAAGGUCAUAAGAAUGUAUGACACAACGUUAAAGAGAGGUAUCCAUGGAGAGUUGCAAGAUGCUUCUGCGAAUCCAUUCCAUGAUUAA